AUGAGGCGGCCUGGCGCAGUCCAUUCAGUUACCUGGAAACAUCACAAACGAGAGAUUCAGCUGGGUUCCAGGAUACCUUUGGUGUCCAUUGUGAAGAGUACUAAGUUGUUAUCCGUUUUUGGCGUAUGUGGUGCCCAGUCAACCACCAAACGAGACCAUCUGCAACGAAAUAAACUACCAUGUCUCCGGAAGGACGCACGAGUGCUACCAGUUUGCCCAAACCUAAACAAAAGCAGUCGAGAUUCUUCUUUUUCGGAGCUACCAUGUCUCCGGAAGGACGCACGAGUGCUACCAGUUUGCCCAAACCUAAACAAAAGCAGUCGAGAUUCUGAGGUUGGUUUGGAACCACCGACCUGCCGGUCAUCAUGUGCUGUCCACCUCGCGGUUUUCGCCAUCCUGAAGGAGGCACGGAGAACAACACUCGCCUCGCUAAACGGUGUUUCGGCAUGUGUAGCACAUGACCGAGUCAUCGUAGUCGAUGAUGAGGGCGAUGUCAUCUGCGUACUCCAAAUCGACAAGGCUCUCACCAGCAUCAAUUUGAACACCGGCGUUUCGAAGGCAUUUGCGCAUUCACCUCAUUAUGUCAUCAGUCACGAAGUUGAAUGA